AAUACUAGAGCAUAUAAAGGAUAUUAUAAUUGCAUCGACUGCACUGUUGCCUUUCAGUUUUGCGAACCUAGCGUCGAAGAUGAAGACAAUAUCACCGCUCGCUGGCUACGCCGCACUUUGUCUGCUACAGCUGAAUGGCUUGGCAUUAGUAAAAGCGGCGGGAGGGUCAGUCGGCAGGAGCGUCAAUUCGAAAAACGCGAUCGCCACAGUGCUGAAGGUGAAGCCUCAGAUAGACAACGACUGGAUCGUGGCCGUAAAGGAUCCGACAUCGCUGACCGGCUACGCCGUCAAAGUCAAGGAGUUCCUCACCGACCGCUUCUUCGAUAAUUACUUUGUCGUGUUCAUGUACGCGAGGAGCAGCCCGAAAGACAAGCCCGAGCAGUUCUUCGCCGCCCGCAUAUGCGAAUUGCUCGAUCCUCGUAACACCCGUUUCCCGAGGGAGAACUACAUGCCCAGGCAGGUCAUCGAUAUCAUAUUACCAGGACGCUACGGCAGCUGCGAUAUCAAGAACACUACGAAGCCGAUCAACGCAGGCGGUAUAGUGAACACGGAUCCCGACACGAAUAAGGAGGUGACUUUCCCCAAAUCCAGUCCCUUCGAGCUGCUGGUCAAUAUUCUGUCGAUGAAACAGAUCGACCACCCCGACAGCCAGUACUUCUUUCAAGUUGUCUUCAGCGUUGGCGGCAACUUCCAAGUCUCGGGAAACCUGGGAAGUGGAAGUAUCGGCGCAGGCUUUAAGGCUGGUUAAUUAACUGGGCUUGAACAUUCCGAGUCCGAACGUACGAAGUGUGCAUAAUUUUUUUGUUUCUUUUUCACGUUCGUAUCAUUUCGGCCUCAAUCGUAUUGUUCUUCGUAGUUGCAAACAGUCGCCAAUGUGCUCGAGAGCCAUAAUUAAACGUUUGAAUUCGACAAAUGGCGAUUUGCUGAUAAGACUGUCAUCAAUGCUUCGUAGUCUCUUUUUUAUGAGCGCACUCUUCAUUGUUUAUUUUGCGUCGAGCGCGUUUCCCAAGUAGCCAACAGCUGCGGUGAAAUACAUUUUAAACGAUCGCACCGUCAUAUGCCAGCAAGCGCUAUACUUUAUCAGCGAUAAACCGCGCGAGCGCAUAAGACACGUCGACUGCUGUUGUAAUAUGCGCCAAUAA